AUGUUUAGAUGUGAGUUGGAAAAACUGUUGGAAUCUAGUGGUAUCACGGCGGUGCUCGGUUGCGGUCUUGCCUACGAUAUCUGUGUGCGACAUACCCUCAGUGACGCCAACAAACUUGGCUUCUUAAGCGGCGUGGUACGAGAUUGCAGCAAAGGACUGUCCAAGGAAGGCGUGCAGGAAACAAGUGAGCUUUUUGCUUCUGAAAAUAUCGCCAUUAUCGAAUCGGAUGCUGCCAAACGCAUAAUAAAAAAAGAAAAGGUUCCCAUCGAAUGGGUGAAGAAGCUCAUGGGAAGGAGCAUUGGAAAUGGAACUAUCAGUUAG